AUGGUGGUCCGGAACGCGAAGGUGUUCAACAACAUCUCUGCCGUCGUUCGCCGCUUCACGACAGCUGCUUCUCGCUCCUCGGGUGUCAAGUUCGACAAGUCUUCGUUCCCCAAGUCGCGUAUUGGCACCAUUGUUGCCGCGCAGAGUGGCCGUGCACCGUUUGCAUCGACUCUCCGACCCAAUCUGACUGGAGGUACGCUUGGCCGGACCGCAGGCGGAUACGGAUGGGGUUCUGGCAGAGCUGGAGGCGCUCGAUACUUUAGUCACGGCCCCGCUGCGCCCGCACAGGUCAUUAACAAUGUCUCGCAGGCCGUGCGUGCAUUCCUACUUGGAGGCCAAAAGGCUCAGUUCGAUGGCAUGAACCCAAACAACGGGGAGAAGCGGUUCAAGACUGUCACUGCUCUGCAGGACCAGGUCAACCGUACUCUCAACAAGGCCGUCAAAGGUUUCACCUCUUUUGCGCAAGAGAAGGACUCCCUCAACAACGAGGGCCUCCUUGACGUUCUUUCGGUAGACUUCUCCCGGGCUGUAAAAGAGUUAGCUGCCGUAUUGAAAGACCUUCAACGACUAUCUGAGCUCGGUGACCUUCCGAUAUCAUACGAGCACUCGACACUCAAGGUCCACUUCCCUGGAGUGGACGCUAGCACUGUAGAGACAAUUUGCAACGACCUUGAGGUACAACGAGGCGUUGUGGGGCAAGACGAAGAUUUCGACUCUUUUAUUGGAACCGACAUCGCUCUACUCUUCCCGUUCGCACCCAGCAGAUCGCCGUCCGAGUGUUCCUUCUUCGACAAGCCAGUCACCGGCCGUCAACACGUCCAGCCAGUCAUCGAUUGGCAACACAUGUUAUCACCAUCGAGCGUGACUUCGGAUGCGUACUCAACACACUCCGAGCAUAGCUUCGAUGAUCUAGCAGACUUUACUGAAGAACCCAACCCAUGGCUCUCUUCCUCUUCACCUUCAGGCUAUGAGAGUUUGCACACUAGCGAGGCUGACGAGAUGGACAUGCAUACCCCGAUGGAAUACCAAGGAUUGGAGGGGAUGUACCGAUUCAUGGCGCAGUGCGAGUCGAGGUAGACGACACCUAGCACUUGGCGUUUGUGGAGGAUUAUACCAUUUGGCUUCAAAUUGCCGGGCUCGGCGUUAACUUGUUACGUGACCAUGAACAUCACAUUCUUUCCUCUCUUAUGUAGAAUACAGAACUCUACACAGUAGU